UCCUUCUGAAUUAGUUGUAGUCACGACUGAGUCAGCGGCGGUGCCUUCCUGUCCCUCUCUCUAUCAAACCUCUCCUAAACUUGUACCAUUCGUGAACCUUAUUCUUUCAAAGCUCCUCCAAUUCGAUCCCCUCCCAUCCGCUCUUUCUCCCGUUCUCCCUCCCCGAUUACCCUUCCGUUUUUCUUGAACCUCUGAGAGAUGGGCCACUGCUGCAGUAAAGAGAGAGAUCUCGGACGCAGAGGAGGAGGAGGAGGAGCCAAUGGGUACAGCUCCCACCAGCAACAGCUGAAGCCCAGCCAACCCCCUUCUUCCUAUCAUGGCUACAACCAGCCUCAGCCGCCGCCGCCGCGGCCGACGACGACCGAGACCCGGCAGGUCCCUCCUUCUCCCGUGAAGCCCUCCAUCCCCGCCCCCGCCCCCGCCCCCGCCCCCUUUCCGGUCAUCGCGGCGCCGCGAGGCCCCGACACGAUCCUGGGCAAGGCAUUCGAGGACGUGCGGUCGUUCUACACCCUGGGGAAGGAGCUGGGGCGCGGGCAAUUCGGCGUGACGUACCUGUGCACGGAGAUGGCAACCGGGAAGCGGUACGCGUGCAAGUCGAUCUCGAAGCGGAAGCUGUCGAGCGCGAACGACCGGGAGGACAUCCGACGGGAGGUGCAGAUCAUGCAGCACCUGACGGGGCAGGCGAACAUCGUGGAAUUCAAGGGGGCGUACGAGGACCGGCACUCGGUGAAUCUGGUGAUGGAGCUGUGCGAGGGAGGGGAGCUCUUCGACCGGAUCAUCGCCAAGGGCCACUACUCGGAGCGCGCCGCCGCCACCAUCUGCCGGGCCAUCGUCAACGUCGUGCACAUCUGCCACUUCAUGGGGGUGAUGCACCGCGACCUCAAGCCGGAGAAUUUCUUGCUGGCCACCAAGGAUGAGGGGGCCAUGCUCAAGGCCACCGACUUUGGUCUCUCCGUCUUCAUCGAGGAUGAAACGGAGAAAGGGAUAUUUGAUGCCAUCUUGCAAGGAUAUAUUGACUUUGAAAGUGAUCCAUGGCCAUCUAUAUCAGACAGCGCCAAAGAUCUGGUCAGGAAAAUGUUGACACAGGAUCCAAAGAAAAGAAUCACGUCAGCCCAAGUUCUUGAGCAUCCAUGGAUCAGAGAAGGUGGAGAGGCAUCUGAUAAACCUAUAGACAGUGCUGUUCUUUCUAGAAUGAAACAAUUUAGAGCAAUGAACAAGCUCAAGAAGAUGGCACUAAAGGUUAUUGCGGAAAAUCUUUCUGAAGAAGAAAUUAAAGGGCUGAAACAGAUGUUCACCAAUAUAGACACCGACAAAAGUGGUACCAUCACAUAUGAAGAACUCAAGUCAGGAUUGGCACGACUUGGGUCAAGACUCUCGGAGGCUGAAGUAAAGCAGCUCAUGGAUGCUGCUGAUGUGGAUGGAGAUGGGACCAUUGACUACAUUGAGUUCAUUACUGCCACGAUGCAUCGGCACAAACUUGAACGAGAUGAACAUCUAUACAAAGCUUUUCAGUAUUUUGAUAAAGAUAACAGUGGGUUUAUUACAAGAGAUGAAUUGGAGUCAGCAAUGAAGGAGCAUGGAAUUGGUGAUGCAUCUACUAUCAAGGAAAUAAUAUCGGAAGUUGACACAGAUAAUGAUGGAAGGAUCAACUAUGAGGAAUUUUGUGCAAUGAUGAAGGGUGGAAUUCAGCAGCCAGUUAAACCUGUGUAACUUCUGAUACACAUCUGGUGACACCGCUCUGUUGAAGUGAGGGCCUAUUGAUUUUGAUCCAGAGAUGGGGAACCGUGAAUCAUUAAGAAUGUCAAAUAUCGAAUGGCAUUGAGACCUCAGAAUCACUAAGAAGAUGGUCCACAUUUCAGCUUGUAUCUUCUGUGUCAGAUAGAAGGGAUUCUAUGUGUAUACCUGGCCUUGUUUUUGUUUUUAAUCUUUCUCAUUUGUAUGAUGCGUUUACGGAUGGGCUUGUGAGUGUGCUUGGAAAAGAUCUUAGGUUUAUGGAGAGGUAGAUUUUGCAUUGCUCUACUUUGUAACAUUCAGAACUGCCCAAGGAUUCUGUCUUUCUAGAGAAGAAAUGUUAAGGCACUCGAGCGGUGGAACCUGCUGUGUUCAAGAUGAAGUAUUUUCAAUUUGGUUACCAAAUGUUGGAAAGCAUCUUCAAGCAAA